CCCCUGUCAAGUUUUGUUUCUUUUGUGUUUCUGAGAAGUCAGGAGGGAUAUUGCGGGAGAGGAUUGGAUCUCCACCGUCCUGCGGUCGAUCUUGGUAUGGAGGAGAUGCUUCGCGCCGAGUCUGGGGCAAACGCGGCGUUCUGCGGGCGGCUGGUGCGGAAUGUGCUGGGGGAUGAGGAGUCCGGCCCGGCGGGGCUAGGAGCAGGUCUGCCGUCUGAGUACUUCCACCGGCUGACGCAUGGGCGCGCGGGAAGGGAGAUCGGGCGGGAAGGAGGGGGGGGCGGGAACGUGUGCGAGGGCGGUGGGUUUUCCCGCGAUGACGGCGGGGGAGCGGGAGGCGUCCACUGCGAAUCCCCUUCAGCGUCAUCUACUUCGACGAUAGCGGCGGCUACUGCGCGCCACAGGAGGUCGUCGAGUCUCCCCGUCGACGAAAUGGGGCAGCUGCUACAGAAGGUCAAGCUGAUGUGUCGCUUCGGCGGGCAGAUUUGCCCGUCGAGCAAAGAUAAUCGCCUUACGUACGUCGGGGGCGACACGCGGAUCCAGACCGUCAAUCGUGACGUGUCCUAUGGGGAGCUGAUGAAGAAGCUCACCGACUUCUACGGCCAGCCGCUGAUCCUCAAGUAUCAAUUGUCCAACGAGGGUCUGGAUACUCUCGUGACGGUUUCCUGCGAGGAAGACCUGGUCAAUAUGAUGGAGGAGUACGACGCUGAAGUACGAUCGGAGCGGACAGCCGCCAGGCUGAAAGUGUUCCUCUUCCCUGCGUCGGAAUGGGAGUUGAUGCCAUUACCUGCGCCGCCGCUGUCGAUAGGUAGGCACCGCGGAGCACAUUCUCCGGCUCGUCGUCCAUCUCCGGCGGGUGGGGCGGUGCCGGGGCCGAACAAUUCUCAUGGCCCAUCCCCUCCUUAUCCAUACGGAGGAGGGGGUUCUGGAGGGGGGGUGGAUCAACAUACUUACAGUGUGGGUGCCGAAGGGCAAAUGGCGGAUUGCGGCCCCGGACCGAAACACCAUCAUCAACAUUACAGAAAACAACAGCAGCAGGUUAAUACGGCGGGUACGGGUUAUGUAGGUUCGCCUCGUGGGCGACCGUCUCUGAGCGAUUCUCUUUUGAAUGUCGGUAUCGGGGCGGGAGGUAGCGGUGGAGAGACGUCUACCAGCUUGGGCGUUGCUUCCAAUCAGCCGUCGCAAGUGGGAGGCCCCGGGGGAGGAGGGCAAUAUCAUCACCAGCAUCAACCUUAUCAUCAUACUACCCCGCCUCUGGUGCCGGGGACGCCUCUCUAUCAUCAUCAUCAUCAGCAGCAGCAGCAGCAGCAUCACCCCGCCGUUCAUGCCAUUUUGCAGCAUCAUCAUCAUCAGCAGCAGGAGCCGCAGCAGGAGCCGCAGCAGGAGCCGCAGCAAUUGGCUCAUCACAACAGCAGGGGGCAUCAGCCUCCGCCGUCCAAACCCACGAAUAACGCUUCUGAACUGAAUUUCGAUCACUUCAAGAAGACCCCGUACCUAUUGCUGACGGGACCCCCUUCUCCAUCCCCUCCCGCCCCGCAGCAUGCAGCCUCGACGCAGUCAUACAACUCGCGCGUGACGCCUCCGCCGAGGCCAGGGCAGCAGCAGCAGCAGCAGCAGCAGCAGCCGGGCCCUGUGCACGCGGGCUCUCCGAGUGCAAGCAUCGCAGGAGGCAAGAACGGGGUGCAGGGGCACGAGGAGGGGGCGGGUGGGGUGGGGGUUGGUGGGGCGGCGGGGAGUGCGCAGGCAGAGAAGUACGGUGCCGAUAAGCAUGACAGCGCCGGCCGAGUUGACGUCAACCCCGAUGUGAACAGGCCGAUAGUCGUCGUUGGGCAACCGCCGACGGUGGAGGAAUUGUCUGCUUCCAUAGAUCAGGAUAAACAAGAAGAGAGCGGGCAAUCUCCUUACGGCGUGAUGCCCCCUCUCGCCCCGACGAUGGAUGCCCGCGGCUCCCCUGGCGAUCGGACAUUUGGAGGUGGAGAUGGUGGAAUGGCUGUUCCCCCACCUGCGUCCCCGCGGACUGGCAAAACGGGGGUUGAAAUGCCUCAGGAACCCAGUGCAUCGCAGGGCAGGCAGCAGGUGUUGAGGCGCAUGGGGAGGGGUUUGUCGGACUCGAAUUUGAAUACUCUUGAAGCUAGAUGGCGUGCGGGGACAGAGGGGUUGGUCUUUCCUUCUCAAUCCCAGCUGCGGGAGGGAGGAGCAGGUGGUGGGGGGGAAUGGCCGCGGCAGGAGUCCGCGUACACGUGGAGAGGAGGUAGAGACUUGCAGCAGCAGCAGCAGCAGCAGAAUCAGACGGAAGUUUCUGGAGCAGGGGCAGGCGCAGCUGACGGGGGAAUGGCGCGCGGCAGAAUCGGCGGAGCAAUGUCGGUCCACAGCCCACCUGAAGGCGGCAAACCACCGGAUCCCUUCUCAAGGUCCAAUCAUCCUCAUCUUUAUCAUCAUCAUGAGCAGCAGCAGCCGACUUUCCAGCGUGUCAUGGAAACGUACGCAGAGCAACAGCCGAUUCCAUCUCGAGCAGAGCAGCAGCAGCAGCAGCAGCAGCAGCCACAAACGCCGCAACAGCAAUCUCCGUACGCUCACCUAAUCCAGGGCCAGUAUGGUCCUCAACCACACCAUAGUUUCUCAUCAAAGCUUGGGUAUCGCGUAGAACAUCAGGGAGGUGGUGGAGGGGGCCACGAGGUCGCGUCGUCGAAUCCAUCAUCCCCACGGUUUCCAAUUCGCCAGGUUGUGCCUCCGCAGCAACAGCAGCACCAUUCAGCAUUUCGCGGCUCGCCUCCACAACACGAGCCACACCCGCGCACGUUGUACGAUGACCUGUCCACUCAAUUGACACGUGGACGCAUUCUGCAGCAGCAACAGCAGCACACGGGGCCGGGAGGGCCAACGCUUGGGUAUGGGGAUGGCGCAGCAGCAUUCCGGGGGAGUAGGCAGCAACAGCAGCAACAGCAGCCGAAGCAGCCGCAGCAGCCGCAGCAGCCGCAGCUGCAGCACGGGUAUUCGCCAGCUUCCCCGCCUCGUGACUACUCCACUCAUCAGCGAGGGGCUGAGGACUUCCACGGGAAUUUACUUGGGGUUCGACAUCACCAUGUGGGGGGCUUGCACCAUCAGCAGAAGCUAGGGGGGACCCAUCGAGCACCGGAGCGUGGUUUGGUUCAUUCGGAUCACCAGGAUCUUCGCGCUCACGCCUACACAGGCGGCGGCGGCGGUGUCGGGGAUGAUAUUUCGUUAGCGUUUGGCGGGGGUCCCGUUGGCCCGUCAUAUUUUCAUCAACACCAUCUUCAGAAACAGCAGCAGCAAGGGGGGGGAUAUGGCGCCCCACCGCGCGCACGGGUGGAGUUCGGGUCGCCCAUGCACCGGUACCCGGACCGUCGAUUUGAACAUACAGUGGGAGAUCACGGGGCGGCACCAACGGUGCUAGGCGGGGUUGCCGUGGCGACGAGGGAACAUUGCGCGCCCGUUGGGAUCGGGAUGGGAACGGGAGGCGGUGGGGGCGCGGUCAGACCGGAAGGGAAUGGAGGGGGACUCGCCGGGGAGAUGAUGGAUGUUUGGCCCGGAGAUGAUGCUGACAGAAGAGAGAGGGAGGAGGUACGCAAUCGACUGCCGGAACGUUCUCCGUCCAGCUUUCGGCCUCUCCGACUCCCGGAGGACAGAGAAGCAUUCUUGGCGGUUCCCGAUUACUUGACUGGCAAUCACAGAGGGGUAGGGGGAGGGAGCGAAGACGAGAACUCUCUCGCACACCAGACUCGUGGAGUUCAUUCUCCUUCGGAAGGCGUUAGUGGGGCUCGCGGGGGGGGGGGCUAUUAUGGGGCAGGGGGGGGCGAAGUAACAGGCGGUUAUCAUGGGCAUGGCGGUGGCGGCGGAGCCCUUGGCGAUGUUCCCGCAAGUAACAGUUCAUGGGGCGCGUUCAUCAGCAGAGCGGGCAGGGGUAGCCUCGGUGAUUUGACAGCCCUGGGAGAGGGCGCCGAUGGCAGCGGGAGCAGUUCGACAUCGUCUCCGGGGGUGGCGGGUCCGGGUCAGCGUCUGACGCACGCCUCAGGGUUCCACUUGCCUCAAGGACCUGUUUCUCACGGGACUCCGCACGGCGUACAUACAUGCCAGCUCGGUAUGGCAGGAGGGGCGGGAGGCGGCGGUGUACGAGCGGGAGCUUCGGGCCCGAGAGCGCUUGUGGACGCAGGGUGGUUUGAGCGAGCGGAGGUUGCCGGGGAGCGCGCGGAAGCGUAUGACAUUGAAGCGGGUAUCGUCGGAGAGCACGCGGGCGAUGAAAUUGUUCCUGGAGAAGGGCGUGGUUGGGCGGGAAGCGGAGACGAUGUGACCGUGGACUUUGUCUCUGCCGCCGCCGCCGCCGCCGCUUGCGUGCCUCAACAGGAGCGCCCUAUCGAGUGGCAGCAGGAGUCGUUUCGAGGGGGUCGGACCGAGGAGACGAGGGUUGGCGGGGAUGGUGAAGAUCGCGCUGCGAUUGGAUCGGAGGGUGAGGGAAGCUUUUCGGCAUAUAUUACGGCCUAUGUUACGUCGAGGGAAACCUCCUUGGUGGACCUGCAUUCUGUCAGUGUCUCGUCUCAAGGCACGCAUGCGCCGCCGGAUGACGUAGCAGAAGGGCUCAUCACCUCAGACGAGAAGGAUCUGAGCGUAGGGGAAAACGAGGUGAGGUCACCGGUCUGCACGGGAUGUGGACAGAACAUGACUGACGCGCUGGGUGAGAGUAGGGCAGCGAUGAUUCCCAUCUCUCUCGCUGCUGCGAGACGUAGCGGCAGUGAGCGUGCCAAGGUGGAUGGUUCAAAUGACUCCCCACCGACUGACGUCGAAUCUUCUGCUGCGCAUAUAGCCGUCGAUACGCGGUUGUCGGCCGUGGGAGGGGAAGAGGAAGGCGGCCAAGGUGCAAAGCUCGCUUCGGUUGGGCCUUCUCCUCCCACGUCGGAACAGGAAGAGCUCAGAACACCCAAGUAUGUGGAAGUGGAAGGCGGGGAAGUGGAUCGGUAUUAUGGAUGGGGGCUGAGUGGGGGAAGUAGCAGCUCGCUUGGCGCGCGAAGUUCCCCCCCAUUUCGUAUUGAUUGGACGGUCACGCGGUCGUUCGUGAGCGAUGUUUCGUUAGAGAUGGGAGGAGUGGAUGGUGCUGCAGCUGCCGCGAUGCACCGGGCGCAGGGGGUGAGAGAUUCUUCUUAUUCUGCGGCUUCAUGUAGCGUGGACGCAGAACAGGAGAACUGUGACAGGGACAAAGAGGUUGCUGGUUUCAUGUCCGGGCUAACGAUUUCCUGUAGCUCUAUCAAGCUUCCAUCCAUUCGGGGAUCUGAAGACGGCUCCGCCUCCGUUGUCAUACUGGACGCAGACAAGGAGAGCAGCAUGAGCACCCCCCGUGAGGUUGAGGCGGUGAAGUCGCAAGCAUUGGGAACGGUGGAGGGAGCUGACGAAGGGCGAGGAGAGGAACGGAAUUUUACGGACGACGACCUCAAAGGAGAGGAGAAGAAGAGCCAACGGCACGAUGGCCAGGACAGAACGGCUGGUGCUCCGACGGUGAAGGGAUGUUGGGAUGGCCAUGAACCCCAACCCCGGGACGGGGACCGUUUCUUCUGGAAGUUGAGAUUGAAGGAUGUAGUUCUCAUCAUUUUCAUGUAUUGUUCGAAAGCCGGUGUUGGCUCCGUCGUUUGUUUCGUCUUCCCUUUUUGGCCUGCAAUCGACUGUCUGUUUUUGACCCCGUUGCUCGCAAUUUCUUGUGCUGGCAUAUGGUGCUCUGCCAUGCGGUCACCGCAGGAGAGGGAGGAAGACGCCAAUGGGCAAGAAAUUCACAGUGAUAAGGCGGAAAGUGUGGCCAAUGCCUCUUCUCAGAGGCACCAUAAGGCCUCACUAAUAAACCUUCAAUUGGAGAACUAUAAACACCAGAUCAUUGACAAUCCCGAUCUUGAAGAGCUGCGGGAAUUGGGCUCGGGAACGUUUGGAACAGUCUACCACGGGAAGUGGAAGGGCACAGAUGUGGCGAUCAAGAGAAUCAAACUCAGUUGCCUCAAUGAGCAGCGUGUGUUGGAUGACUUCUGGAAGGAGGCAAACUUCCUCGCUGAAAGCCAUCAUCCAAAUGUGGUGGCUUUUUACGGUGUGGUGACCAACGGUCCUGAGGGGAGUCUUGCUACAGUGACGGAAUACAUGGUUAAUGGGUCUCUACGGCAAGUGCUCCAGCGCAAGGAUAGGAUGAUGGAUCGCCGCAAGCGUGUCCAGAUUGCACUUGAUGCUGCCUUUGGAAUGGAGUACCUUCAUGCCCGCAACAUCAUUCACUUCGACUUGAAGUGCGAAAACCUUCUUGUUAACAUGCGUGAUCCUCAGAAGCCUGUAUGCAAGGUGGAUGUGUUCUCUUUUGGGAUAAUAAUGUGGGAACUUUUGACUGGGGAGAUUCCGUACGGAAAUAUGCACUAUGGUGCAGUAAUCGGUGGAAUUGCAAACAACACGUUACGCCCAGUGAUUCCGGAUUGGUGUGAUCCUCCCUGGCGUAAUUUGAUGGAGAGGUGCUGGGCAACAGACGCAAAGGACAGGCCAACUUCUUCUGAGGUGGUUAAGGCUCUCCGGGUGAUGCUAUGAAGUAAAGAAAACAUCAUGCCCCUUGAUUGGUGGUGGUUAGUUUUAUAAUUGCACGGAUGUUAGAGGAUAACACCCCAGAUGGGUGGUUAGUUUAAUCAUUGCAUGGAUUUUGGUGGAUGUAGGUUCUGAAGAGACAUGGAACCCUUUCAUAAUUGUGUGGUUUGACAUCAAUUGAGUGUGCAUAGUAAGAUUGAUGAGAAAGGGGCGCUGUGCUGUAGGGAGAAUCGGGUGGCUUAGGUGAUGGGGGAAUGGUGGGGGCAUGCGUAUUCACGGGUUACUCGUUCUUUCCUUCAGGUUGAGCAUCUUUGUCAUAGGACUAGAAAGUUGUCUUCCUUGGAGUGCUUCCCAAUGUACAUAUGAUCUUUGCAGGUUUGUUGUAGCAGUGUGCAUUUGAGCGGAACUCUGUGACAAUCUACUGCUACUACCGGGGCAUUGGUGAUGGUGGUGGGAGGUGCGUUUCCCGAGGGCAUGGAAUCUAUUAUUCUGCCUCGUAAUGUACAGUGUGUGAUAGACCAACUUCUUCUUCUUCAACCAUCACUGCAGGGGGUUCCAUGCAGUGCAGUUAAAUGUCAAAUGACCUGACUGUUGUGGUACUGGCGGUGGUCGUUGACGUCCGAGGUCCGCGUCCUUGUGGGAUCAAGUCAAAUGUUUUUUUAUGUCGAUACCCGAGAGCACUACGACUUUCCCUGGAUGUAUAGCUGACAACAGAUACAUCCCAAGUGUCCGUCAGCGAGCAGUGUGAGCAUGUCGCUCGCGGCAAUGGUUGGUUGUCCGCGACGAACUGAACGAAGAACGGGUGGAGAGCGAGGUACGAAGUGAUCAGGGUUCCGACGAGUUUGGAGGUGGCAGCAGUGGGAUGGGGCCUUGAGAUGAAGGGCAAGGCAGAGUGUCCACUUCCGGAUGGCGGGGAACGAAUCGCUCAACAGUUCGUUGAUUGAAAUGACGAGGCGGGUUGCCAGAAGGGGUCUUCAAGAAGAGUAAGUCUGUGAGGAAGGCAUUGGAUUUGAAGGAGGUAGCGGUACUCGAGUUGCUCGCCGAACCAGAGUGUUUGGCCCUUGUGUAUUCGGCUGGCGGGAGCUACACUGGAAGGACUUGUGGAAGGAUCGGUCGGGAGUGUGACAAGUCGAACAAGAACGAAGGCCAAGUGGCGAACACCGAUGGGUUCACGAGGUGCUAAUGGUGAACUGCACAGGUUGAGUAUUGAUCUAUAAAUAGAUUCUAUAUAUCAAUGGUUGGGGAAUCCAUCUGUGUGUACAGUUUCUCUUUCCAUGUAUGGAACAGUGUUUUUUUUUUUUUUUUUUUCGAGUUAGAAUGUGUGAAACCUAAAGCCCCCGGUUGGUUGCAGCCGCAGCCGCAGCCGCAGCCGCAGCCCAAUUUUUUUUUUCUUUCUUUCUUUUUUUUUAGGUGAAAAUUAAUUGUUGGUGUGUGCAUAAUGUGUUGUACCGUCGUUAAUUUGCUAUGUGAAUCAUUGGUGUGACGAAAGUGUAGGGAUUCGGAGUGUGUGAUUGCAGUUGUGCUGAAGUAUUAGAGCUGGAGGGAGUGAUUGUCGUUGGCCAUUUGCGAAAUUAUUGUAGUUUGGCUUCUGUUCACUUUUAUCUGGAAACAGAGGUCACAGGGUAAGAGCGACCUCGGGUUGAUAUGCAAGAUUGCUCUCAUGGUAGUGGGUGACAAGGCUCACUGAAGCCACCUCUGGGAGGUGUGAAGGAAAAGGUGUGAGCGGCAUGUAGGCAGAGGGUGGAAGGAUUUGCCUGUCCUUUUUUCAGCGAGGCAUAUGAUGAGGUACCGAGGAGUUUGUGAAUGUAUGGCCAAGUGAAUCAUAGAAAGGCAGAAAGGAAUGAGUGAGGGGGGCGGGGAUCAGAAACAAACGAGGGAAGAUCGAUGGGGAAGCAGGGGAGGGGGGGAAGGGGGGAAGAGGCGCAAACACAGGUUCAAAGAAAGGGUGGUUAGAGGAAGAAGGUGGUGGGGAAGGUGAGUAGGAGAUGUGUGAACUUUGUCAAAUAUGAUUAGAAGGAUUAAUACUAUUUUUGAUAGUGAGGAUUGACAGAAUUAUAUCGUAGAUUCGUAGUCCAAGGCACAGAGUUUUAUGUUAAAGGUCACAUGAGA